AUUUUGCUAUAGCAUUUUACCUAUUUUCUGAGUAAUAAUGGUCACAUUCUACUACAAUACCCAGAAGCACCUACGGGUUACGUCAUGACGCAAUCACGUCGCCGUUAUGGGCUCCUGGAUUUAAAAGUGGAGUCGCGAGCUUUUCUGUGAGUAGCCUGAUUAGCCAGCUAACAAUAACAUUGUUAUCGUGCUACUUAAAUAUGAUUUGUCCUGUUUUCAGUGACAGGUUUUGUUUUGUAUUCAGAAGAAAAAACUCUGUGUCUAAAAUAACAUGACAAUAAUUACUUUACUAGGCAAGAAAAUGAGGUAACGUCAUGAACGCUGGCAGGAAAAAGUCACCGUAAAGCUGCUAACUGAAACUAGCUUCGGUUAACGUUCAACUCAGACAUGAACUGGGACAAUCAGCUGAGCUCUAUCCUGUCAGUGGCAGAUGGCAGUGUUGCAAAGAUGAGGGAGAGACUGACCUCACCAGGGAAAUUUGCCAAAGGAGGUGAAGAUUUGUUUCCAGCGAGGGAGAGGAUUCGUGAUUCAGACGUGGGGCCUCCUGCUCUUCCUCCUCGAGCCCCCCAGCUGCGACAGCCUUCCCCAUCUCUCAGUCCUACUGUUCAGUGGGCAGACCUAUCUGCUAUCCAGUCACAACUCCAGAUACAAAACCAGGCGAUCGAGUCUCUCAGCCAGAAACUCCAUGAUGUGGAAAGGGAAAGACAGUGUCAACAGUGUCACAUCCAGACACUACAAGAGGAGGUUCACAGGCUGCGUGAGGAGAGGGAGAGAGAGAGGGCCGAAUCGAGGAGGGGACAAAGUCCAGGAGCAGAGAGGAGGAUGGAGCAGUGGAGGAGAGAGGUUGGACGUGAGCUAAGCAGUCUGCGGGGACACAUCACCAGAGCCACGUCGCUAGGCAACCUGGAGGAGAGUUUCAGCUCAAAGCUCCGCCGAGAGGAGCUGGAGCACCUGCGUAGAGAGGUGGACCAACUGAAAACACAACUUAGGAGACAGGGGGAGGACGUGUUCCUCCAGCAGUCAGAGGCCAGAGAGACCAGGAGACAGUAUGAACACAGCUGCAAGACGCUGGAAGAACUGACAGACAGCUACAGGGCUCACAGCACUGAACUGGCAAAGACUGUUUCUCAGUAUUCUCACACACAACAAGAGGUCCGCCAGAUCAGAACAACUGUGUCAGAACUGAAGGAGGAGAUCAGGAGACUAAUUCUCCAAGAACGUCAACCAACACCUUUGCUGUCAGCGCACACGUCAGGGCCAUCCCCGCUCCCACUCCCUGGCAGCCACAGUAGAGGGGUCAGAGUUGAAGAGGUCGAUUCUGACUCAGAGGACUUCAGCCCGACCCCGAGCCUGGCUGAGGUCAGCUCAGAUGAUCUGUCCUGGCUGGAUGACAAAGACUCUGCUCUUCAUCAGAAGCCUCGAGUGCGUCUGAGCGUUCAGUCCAGACGGAGUGACUUUGCUGGUCCGGGUUCAGAUGUGGAGGAGGACGAUGAUGAUGUUGAUGGUGAUGAUCUCCUUGAUGAAGAUGUGAACCCAGAUUUAGGAUCUGACCUAAGUCUUGAUGACCUCUGACCUUUUCAUACCGUCACUUCUCUGUAGUUUGAUUUGCCGAGAAUUCAGCAUCAUGAAGACAAUCUUCCAGCUUUUCAAAUACACUACCUAAGAUGUAUUACUUCAUUUCAAUUAAUCAGUACAGUUUAGAGUAACAGCCGUAUUCUGAAAAGCAAAACAUUUAAAAAUAGAAAUAGUCAUGAUAACACAAACAGCCAUAUGGCUCUUUUUUUGCUUUGUGGUCUCAAGAGACAGGAAACAAAGGGCGGCAAACAGCACGACUUUGCACGGCAGCAAAGGCAUCCUACCUACGGUUAUUAUUACAGUUGCCUAACAGACCUGCUUGCAAAAUAUAUGUGAUACAUAAUCCAUCCCACGGUGGAAACUUUCUUUUAUGCUGUUUUUAAACACAAAUUUGUGAGAAUAGCAGAAGCGUUAGGGAAUCACUCUGCAUCAGACUGACAGGUUAAUCACUACUUUUAUUCUUUUCACAUAGAUUUUCAAUUGUCUCUUUAUUCUUUUCAACCGUCUGGUCCAAUGCGACACACCCAAACGCACCGCUCCUGCAGUGUGCUGAAACAAACCACCAAACGAUACAGCAUUGUUUGCCCUUAGUCUACUGAUAUCUGCUAGAGGCUGAGGACUGCGAGAGCCGCAAAUCCUCUUUAAAUAAUCUGCAGUAAGUGUCUCCACAUGCACAGACUGGUCGGAUGCUGGGAACCAACUGAGGAGACACACAGCUGUUUGAGCAAGAUUCUUUGUGAGAGUUUCUCAAUCGGAAAACUGUUUUUUUUACGAUGGUGGAUAGCUUUGUGCCUGCACAGCAGCAGUUUUUUUUGUAAGCAGCUUUAUUUCUCACCGUAAGCUUGACUGACUGAGGCUUUGGCCACGAAAUUUCAAAAUCAGUUGCCACCCAAUGCAUUUAAUGCUUUUAUUUUGCCACACCCUCUGCACCCAUGUUGCGAGUCAGUGGAGAUAAAUGAUGGGUCCUGCCGGAGCGAAGGACGGAAACGCUGUGAUUGGUCCACUGAAACCACAAGGUUUGGUUUCAGGCAGAAGAUGUAAAAAUAGUUAUGUUUAGGGAUGUUGUGAUUACAGAUUGUUGGGGUUUGGAAAGGUUUUUGGUUUAGUUGAGCUCUGCAGGACUUUCAACUUUGCCCAUAACUACAGUGGGAUCCACAAAAACAUCACUGAUCACUGUUCUGCUUUUGAUGAGCAAAAAAAUAGCCCACAGAAUGCUGAGUCCAUUUUCUGCCACUUAAAAAACAUAUUAAGCAAAAGAUCCUGUAGGUUGUUAUACGAAACUUUCUCGAAAUGACUUAGGAUAGCAAAAAUAAUGAGAAACUUUCUGUAAUAAGGACAUAACACAAAAUAAUUAUUUAGUAUCUCAAAAAUAAUGAGACACUUUCUUAAAAGAUAGUUAUUUAAGUCUAUUCAAGACACUCAAUAUAUUAAAUUAUUCUUUUGAAAUAAGUCAUUAUUUUAAGGUGAUUUUGCCGUACAGAAUAAUUGUUUUCAGAUACAACGUCAUUACUUUGAAAUGUUUCUAAUUAUAAUGACAAACAGAAUUUUUUUUGUUUAUCACAGUGGCAGAAAAUGGCCUUCUGCGGUAUUGUAUUGUCAUAAGUUGGUAUUUUUAAAUAAAUCCAUUUGUUAUAUAACGUGACUGAAAUUGCACCUUUGAUCACUUGAUCCACAGCAAUGUAUCAAGUAUAAAGAUCCACAGCAAGCUUUAAAGUUAUGCUGAUCAUGUGUUAUAUAUAUAUGUAAGCUACACUCCUCAGUGUAGCAGAGUAAUGGAUAUGAGUAUUUAAUGGGCUUUUCUUCCUGACAUAAUGCACUCUUCAGUCCAGGGGAAACCUGAUGAGGGAUGGGGUUUUGAUUCCCGGUAAUGCAGCUGAAGUGAAAUAAAGAAGAAUCAAAAAUCCAUUAACGUUACCAAGGCUCCGACACCCCCAGCCUCCACUGCCAUGUCUUUAUAUAUAUAUAUAUAUAUAUAUAUACAGCUCAGUUAACAGUCAAGGGUCCCUUUAUGCUGUCAUGUGUGACAUGGAUCACACUGCGCCAGGCUUGGUGUCAAGCUGUUAAAUAUUUCAGCAUCCAGACACCCCCCAUUGUGGAUCCUAGACCUCGGUGCGGAGCCAGGGGGGGCGCUGACAGCCAGGUUAGGUGUUCACUGGGGUGUAGAUUAAGAGGCUUGAGUGCUGAAAGUGACUACAGACACUAUUCAGUUUAUUUAACAAGACACACUAGUCUCAGAGCAGUACGUAACAGUAUUUAACAAACCUUUUCUACCACGCUUUUCUCUUUGUAAAGCUAUUAUGUGAUAGAUGAGACAUUUAAUGAAGAAAAAGGCUCAUUUAUUUGUUUAUUGUGGCCAGAUAAUGACUGAUGAAUCAGACCUCUCUACUGCAGUUUUAUUGCAUUUGCCCAGUAUUGUGCAGCGGUGCAGCAGUUAAGCAAUGCACUGAUUCACUCACUGAAGGUCUGUAAGAAAAUGUCUCCAACAAUAAAAGUCUGUGUAACAGUUGUAAGUGAGAACCUUGA